UGGGAGUUAGAGAACGACUGGGUGGCUUCCAACAAAUCCAUUGGCUUUCUUGGCUUCAGUAUCCUCUUUUAUAAAAACUAAAGGUUUGGACUAUAUGGUUUCUGAUGUUCUUCCUUGGUCUACAUCCGUGACCCUGUUGCUGUCAAAGACCUGAAGACGGAAGUGAGGGCUGCCGGAAAGCGGAGGUAAAAACAGGAAGUGGUAGGGACCGCCGGGAAGUGUAGUCGAGCUAGGUUAGACGGGACUACAAGCAUGGCAGGAUUGGAGCUGCUGUCGGAUCAGGGUUACCGCGUGGACGGGCGGAGGGCCGGAGAACUGCGCAAGAUCCAAGCACGGAUGGGCGUCUUCGCGCAAGCCGAUGGUUCGGCCUACAUCGAACAAGGCAAUACUAAGGCGCUAGCUGUGGUCUACGGACCCCACGAGAUGCGGGGUUCUCGAUCAAGAGCACUGCCAGACCGAGCACUGGUGAACUGCCAGUACAGCAUGGCCACAUUCAGCACUGGGGAACGGAAGCGGCGGCCCCAUGGGGACCGCAAGGCCUGUGAAAUGGGACUCCAGCUGAGGCAGACCUUUGAGGCUGCCAUCCUGACCCAGUUAUACCCUCGCUCCCAGAUUGACAUCUAUGUCCAGGUGCUACAGGCAGAUGGUGGUAAUUAUGCAGCCUGUGUGAAUGCAGCUACUUUAGCCGUGUUGGACGCAGGGAUCCCAAUGAGAGAUUUUGUGUGUGCCUGUUCGGCCGGUUUCGUGGAUGGCACAGCCCUGGCUGACCUGAGCCACGUGGAAGAGGCAGCGGGUGGACCCCAGCUGGCUUUGGCUCUGUUACCCGCCUCCGGCCAGCUUGCUCUACUAGAGAUGGAUGCACGGCUGCAUGAGGACCACCUGCAGCAGGUACUAGAAGCGGCUUCCCAGGCUGCCCGAGAUGUUCACGCCUUAUUGGACCGAGUGGUCAGGCAGCAUGUCCGGGAGGCUGCCCUGCUUCUUGGAGACUGACCCCCACCCUGCAAUAAAGUCUUUUGGUCUUUCCUUA